UUGUCAGUCAAAUGUCAACCAUCCAAAUUGCUGUGGUUCUCUCCAAUUUGCAAGUUUGUUAGAAACUCAAAUAAAAUAGCUUGACCAGGCAGUGAUACUUUGUAAAAACAUCAGUCAUGUUGCGGAGUAUUACCUCUUCCAUUAUUCAAUGUCGUGGAAUUAAGCAUCAAGUUAAAAUCAAGUGGGUUCGCCCAGAUUACGUGCCGUCCUAUAAACCUGAAAAAUCUGGUGAUUUAGAGGCUAUCUCUGCAUUUCCUCCUGACACAUUAGGCAGGGACUAUGCUUUAAGUGAGGAAAUUAAAGAUGCGCCCGAAGCUGUUAAAAAGAUAUUUUCCAUCGCCCACCUUGGUCAAAAAGAAUACAAUGUUUUGGUAAAAAAGGAUCUAAUGGAAAGGGUUAAAAGGCACCAAUAUGACGAUUAUACGUCGGAAUCGCGAAUUGCCAGAAUCACUGGACACAUUAGGUGUUUGCAACUAACAAUGGAGAGAUAUCCCAAAAAUGUAAAAGCUAAGCAAACUUGCCAAGAGUUGAUUGAUAGGAGAAAGAAACUGUUGAAAUUCUUGAGGCAGUAUGAUUACAAGAAAUUUGAAUGGAUUUUGGAGAAACUAAACAUUGAAUUUAAAGGCCAUCCGAUGACUUACAAUAAGCUGUCCCGCAAAGAGUCUCUCAAGAAACUGACUGAAAUGCACUGCGAUGAUGUUCGCAACAAAAAACUAGCAGACUACAGGAACCUGUUAGAAAGCCAACAAGGGCCAUUCUUGAAAGAAAAGCUUGCGGCUUUGAAAUUCAUCAAAAGCGAACAGACAGAACUCCAAUUGCCGGUAACGGUGACAGAUCAAGACAUUAAGAAAGUAGAAAAACAGCUAGAAGAAUGGAAAAUUAAGGACGACAUCAAACAGCAGGCCAAGAGUAAGAGGAGAAGUGUAUUGUUAGACGAUUGAAAAUAUAUGUAAUUACAUUUAAUUUUGUAGUUUAAAUAAACUAGUUUAUUGUA